UCAUUUCAAAAUCCAAUUUAGGGUGAUUUGUUCUAGUGGCUAGAUUGACUAAUAGAAGGAGCAGAGCAGGAAGGGAUGAGUUUUUUUUUUUUUUUUAUAAAUAUUUUGUUGACCCUUUUUCUGGGUUUAGAGGCUUUCCAAUUGAUGAGGAAUUAAAUUCAGAUGAUGAAAAACAAUCCGAAAAAGAAAGUAGAAAUCAUAAGAAUUCAUCCAAAACGCCUCUUGUUAAAAAUUGAUGCGUUGUUUUCUUACUACUUUACUUUAGGUUGGAUCGGUUCUCGUUCGAAAAUUCUCUUUUGUUUUCCAUGGUUUGUCCAUAUAUUUUUUGCAUUCAAUUUUUAUAUCAUGCAAUUUUUUUCCUGUACAAUUUUUCAGGGUGGAGUCAUCUUUCAGUAUCCAUUAAACGAAAGGAGAGAAUCUGUAUAUGGAAAAAGUGCAGGGCCACUUCCUCCUCCUCCUGAAGUCAUCAAUUAUGACAAUGCAGUUACAAACCAAAUUUUGGAGAAUGCAAAAGCUGAAAAACAUAGUUCCUCAUCUGAAUCGGUCUGCCCCAUAUGCCUCACAAACCCAAAGGACAUGGCUUUUGCAUGUGGUCAUACAACUCUGGCCUUAUGUGUUUGAAGCUAUUUUCUGAUCGAUCCAUUGUAGUGAUGAAGCUACGAAGCAAGUGAUUGAUGUUUGGUUAGUGACAAGAUUUAUUGUAAUUUUGUUAUUCAUGACAAUAUAACCUUGUUGUAUUUAGUUUCUUUGUAAAAAUAUAUUACCCACGUUCAGUUUCUAUUUUGCUUGUAUUUGUCCCUUCGGAAAAUUUCGAUAGAUUUUCUACACUUAGUUUCUUUGUAAAAAUGUUAUCUAUGAAAUCUAAUGUAAAGCCUAUUUCAUUAUGUAUAUGUAAAGUCUUGGAAUUGAAUAUAUAUGGUGAAUGGUUUUAUUUA